CAUGGGUGGUCAGGCCAGGUCAGGUCAGGUUUCCAUGGCUGUCGAUUUGGUUGCCCGGCAAACCUAGGUACUCAAGUGGGAACUCAGCAAAAGCGUAGGUACUUCUAGGAACUGAACCACGCAAGGGAAAUCCACAACAGAAACGAACAACCAAAUCCAAUUCCAUCACAUCUCCACCUACGCAUUCAAUUUCAAGUCCAUACUACCAAGGACACACUUACACCAGAAACCGACAUAGACAUACCCCUUCCGGCCGCACCACUUCACUCAGAGGACCCAUACUACUACGACCAAAUCCGCCAACCAAUAAACUCGGCGCCAAUACCUUACGCCCCCCCCGGCCGCCUACCUUGUCUCUCAACGACGACCUCGACCUCCCGUCCUUCUUCAAGCUCAGCCUGCUUGCUGCACACAGCCUAGCCUGCAACUUCGACGUCAGCCCUUGUCCAAUAUCCAGUCGACACUUGCCAGCAAUACCUCUGCGCCAGCUGUUGCUCAACUGAUUCUGUACAAAUAUCCAUCACCACAGCCUGUUCUCUGUCUCCGCGUACCCUUGCCAUCGGCGGCCCCUCGCUGCCAGGUCGCGCGCAUCCAGCGUCGCCGGCCCCGUGUACAUCGUCUCUAGGUAUCGUGUUGCAUAAGCGGCCUGGACCCAGCUCUUCGCUCUGGUAGUCGAAGAGAAUCCUUUCGCCAUGGCCGAUAACUCCAACAGCACUUCAACCCCUUUGGGAGUUAAGAGCUCGUCGUCGUUGAACACCAGCAACAACAUUCCCCCCAUUCCGUCCUCUCCUCCUCCGCGAAGCGCAGCCAAGGAACGUCGAAACCCGUCCAUCACCCCCCGGAAAUUCAGGCGCUUCUUUACUCCCCGAGUCAUAGCGAAUAACCACCCCAGCGCUUCCCAAAGAGCUCUUCGUGAUCUAGCCGGUCCUCUCAUAGAACGAUCUCAUACUCCAUCCAGUCCUCUCAGGCCCAUCUCGGAAGAGGAAAUCCCAGAUGUGUUACCGAGCCUUCAGGAUGGCCAGAGAAGCUCCAAGCGUCGAAAGAUCACUCAUGCUUCAACACCCAAGAGGGCUGAGGCAUCGCACGUAUCCCACCUACCCUCUCCUGCAGCCACAUCCCCAGCCUUACUUUCGACUCCCGAGUUGAAGCACGAUCGUCUCGGCAGUCCGAUCCAUUCUAUUCGGAAGCUACCAUCCCAAUUGGCCCUCGAUGGAGAUGAGGCUGAGUCGGAAGAAAGUGAUGAUGAUGAUGAUGGGCAAGAGCUGCCAACCACACGACGUCGGCCAAACCGUGCGCCUAUACAGUUGGAUCGUCGUGGAUUGGGAGCUCAACUGGUGCAGCGAGUGACGGGUGGUAUGCCUGGUGCCGGAAACAGGUCUUUAUCAUGCCCAGUUUCUGACUGGCGGUCGGAAACGGCGGACUUUUAUAGUCGCCGAGAAGACGCCCAUUUUAUGAACAGCCACGAAGGACAUCCUCGCAGCAUCCCAUUCUGCACCACAAGCUGCAAUACCAAGAAUCUUGUUGCUGUAGGUGACGAAGAAGGGUAUGUGCGUCUGUUGGACACCCAGAAUGAGUUCUCUCAGAUCAACAUGUCGUUCCAGGCGCAUGGCAACGCCAUCAUUGACAUGGCCUUCUCCGACGAUGACUUGCUUCUUGCCACGGCUUCUGGUGACCAAACAGGCAAGGUAUUGGACUUUGUAACGCAGCAGCCCAUUUCGAUCCUCGGUCACCACACCGCAUCCCUCAAACAAGUCCGUUUUCAGCCGGGCCGCGGCGCCAAUUCUGUCCUUGCUACAACUAGUAGAGAUGGCAGCGUACAGAUUUGGGAUCUCCGUUGCCGAGGCGGUCCUGUGCAAGACGUUGCUAUCCGCUCAGAAGCUGGCCUUCACGCUCGUCUCCCUCGCACCCCUAACCCUGGUUGCGUUGUUAACAGCAUCUAUGAUGCCCACUCACGCAUUCCCCAGAAACAGGCUCGCAAUCUGCUACCCGGCGCCAGUAACGUCGACGUGGCCCGGAUAGGCGAGGUACCUGGUCGCCUUGGUGAAGUCUCCGUCACGGCUCUGCAGUUCCUUCCUCCUGGCAGGGAACACCUCUUCCUCACUGCCUGCGAAGCCGAUGCCAGCGUCAAGCUCUGGGACAUCCGCGCCGUGCACACCAGCCGCCACCACAAGUACAGCACGCCCGUCUCCUUUACAGCACCCCUGCCCAGCCACGCCAACUGGCGCCCCUUUGGCAUUUCCUCCAUGGCCCUCGGCGGCGACGGCUCCCGCCUCUACACCCUCUGCAAAGACAACACCGUCUACGCCUACAGCACCGCUCACCUCGUCCUCGGCCACGCCGUCGAGCUCACCGCCGCCCGUCCCGGCGAAGAACCCCCGCGCCGCCGGCACCACAACCACGGCACCGCGCACGAGGGUCUCGGUCCGCUUUACGGCUUCCGCCACCCGCUCUUCCACGCAACCAGCUUUUACGUAAAAUCCGCCAUCCGGCCCGCUAAGAACGGCCACUCGGAGCUCCUGGCCGUCGGCAGCAGCGACGGCGCCGCCGUCCUCUUCCCCACCGAUGAGCGCUACAUCAAGGAAGCCUUUGCCUGGCAGCGCCAGCACCCGAACCAAGAAGACGACGAGUCGUACCUCGUCGGCGAACCCACCUCUUGCAUCCCCGUCACGCCCGCUCGUCCUCGCCUUACCCGCAGCGCCACCACUUCCCUUCUGCCUUCAUCAUCACUGAUGUCCAUGUCUUCUUCGUCAGGAGGAGGAGGACGGCCGGGAACUAGCUCCUCGGCAAGCUUGUUUGGCAUCAAGGGCGGUCAUCACCACUCAUCAAACACACCCAUCAUUCGCCGCGGCACGCCGCUCGUGCGCGGACACGAGAAGGAGGUGGGCGCGCUUACGUGGACGCUGGAUGGCAGCUUGGUGACGGCCAGCGAUGAUUAUCUCGUGAGAUGCUGGCGCGAGGGUCGCGAGGAGGCGGCGGAUUUGAGAACCGGUGGUGAGACGGGCGGGAGGAGGUGGGGGUGUGGAUGGGCGGAUGUGGGAGAUCAGUGGGAUGGGGAUGUUGAUGAUUGGUAAUUUGUUGAUGACGACAUGGGAGAAAUGUGUUAAGACACAAAGGCCAAGAGGAGGAUUACCACGGCAGCGAAAGAGCCGGUAAGAGUCCCGAUAUAUGUAUGAAUCGUGGACUAAGUUGUGGAAGUCGGUUGUACCUAAAGUCCCAUGAUCAUGUUGAAGAGAUUAGAGGCCUGCCUGUCUGUCUGUCUGUCUGUCUGAGCCGGAUGGUUGUCUACCGGUUUUGGGCAAUAUCGGCGGGCUCUGAAGAGGAGGGAGAGGGUUUCUUCAAGAUAUGCCCGGGUUUUUGUUUGCUCUGUUAAACUUUGAUGUCGCGAUUUUGUUGUGGCUGGCUGGCUGGCUGGCUGGCUGGC